GGUUUCAGUGGUGAAACACUAAUAAGCCUUUAGUAAAAGACCCAUCCCCGCUUCUCCCCCUUUCUUCACUCUCGGCAGCUCCCCGUUCUCAACCUCCCACCCCCCUCACCAAAACAACCACAGCCACCAUUUUCUUUCUCCCCUUCUCUCUCAAUCAAUCUCUGAACCAUACCAACUGCAAAUUCCAAUGUUGCAAAAUCUAACCAAAUAGUGAUCAAGACGUCAAAUUUCCAUGGGAAGCAAGCACUAACCCACAACCAGGAUCAACCAGAGACGGAGAGAGAGUGAGAGAAACUUGAAUAUCGGCUGGCUAAGCUUUUUUUUUUUUUUUUUUGGGUUUGAUUCAUUAUUCAGACUGAGCUGUGGGUUUUGUGAGUUUCCCAAUUCCAAUGGAGACUAGUUCAGCAAUAUCAUGUCCUUCAACUCCUCGCUGGAACUCCGAGAGGCCAUUCCUCACUGGCCGCUUUCAUCAGGAAACCAAAACGACGUCGCGUUUCUUCGACACCAAGGGCUAUUCCGGUGAUUCCCUUGGCUUGGGAUCCGAAAAGGCCAUUGGUUGUUACAAUGCUGCUGUUCAGGAACUUGUGGUCAUCGAUGACCUCUUGUCUGCAAUGGUUGGGAUCCAAGGACGCUACAUUUCGAUCAAAAGGGCCCACGGAAAAGAGGAUAAUUUCACCUUUCAAGUUGAUGCAUCCAUGGAUUUAGCUCUCCAGGAAUUGGCGAAACGGGUAUUUCCUCUGUGUGAGAGCUUUAUGCUCAUUAACCAGUUUGUUGAAUCAAGAUCUCAAUUCAAGAAUGGUCUGGUGAAUCAUGCCUUUGCUGCUGCACUCAGGGCUCUCCUUCUAGAUUACCAGGCCAUGGUGGCACAAUUGGAACACCAGUUUCGACUUGGAAGACUGUCCCUACAAGGCUUGUGGUUUUACUGUCAGCCAAUGAUGGGGUCCAUGCAAGCACUAUCUAACGUAAUACAGAGGGCUUCAGCUAAUAAUUUUGCAGGUUCUGCAGUUCUUAACCUCUUGCAGAGCCAGGCUAAGGCCAUGGCUGGUGAUAAUGGUGUAAGGUCAUUGCUAGAAAAGAUGGCAGAAUGUGCGAGCAAUGCAUACCUUGGAAUAUUGGAGAGGUGGGUUUAUGAAGGAGUCAUUGAUGAUCCUUAUGGUGAAUUUUUCAUUGCUGAGAACAAAUCUCUUCAAAAGGAAAGCCUGACUCAUGAUUAUGAUGCCAAGUAUUGGACGCAACGUUACAGCCUCAAGGAUGGAAUCCCUAGCUUCCUUGCAAAUAUUUCUGGGACAAUUUUGACCACUGGAAAAUAUCUAAAUGUCAUGAGAGAAUGCGGGCACCAUGUUCAGGUCCCUCAAUCAGAAAAUUCAAAAUUGAUGAGCUUUGGCUCAAACCAUCGCUAUCUUGAGUGUAUAAAAUCUGCUUAUGACUUUGCCAGCAGUGAGCUCUUAAAUCUCAUCAAAGAAAAGUAUGAUCUGAUGGGAAAGUUACGAUCUAUAAAGCACUAUCUUCUUCUUGAUCAGGGUGAUUUUUUAGUUCAUUUCAUGGAUAUUGCUCGAGAUGAGCUUACGAAAAAGCUUGAUGAGAUUUCUGUGGAGAAGCUGCAGUCUCUUCUAGACCUUGCUUUGCGUACCACAGCAGCUGCAACAGAUCCUUGCCAUGAGGACUUAACAUGUUGCGUGGUAAGCAACUCUCUUCUUUUUCUUGGGAGCAGGAAUGUUCCUGAUGAUAAUGAUCUAGAGGAGCCAGUGAGCAUAACAGGACUUGAGACAUUUUCUUUGAAUUAUAAGAUUCGGUGGCCAUUGUCUAUUGUUAUCUCUAAACAUUCCUUAACAAAGUACCAGUUGAUUUUCCGCUUUCUUUUCCACUGUAAGCACGUGGAUCGCCAACUUUGUGGGGCAUGGCAAGCACAUCAAGGAGUUCGUGCCCUCAACAUGCGUGGAACUGCUAUCUCCAGAUCAUCUCUGCUCUGUCGUAGCAUGCUGAAAUUUAUUAAUAGCCUUCUACACUAUCUAACAUUUGAGGUUAUUGAGCCUAAUUGGCACGUGAUGCAUAAUAGACUUCAAACUGCAAAGAGCAUAGAUGAGGUUAUCCAACACCAUGAAUUUUUCCUUGACAAGUGUUUGAGGGGAUGCUUGCUUCUUUUGCCUGAAUUUCUCAAGAAGGUGGAGAGGCUGAAAUCACUUUGCCUACAAUAUGCAGCUGCAACUCAGUGGUUGAUAUCAUCUUCUAUUGAUGUUCCCAGCCUUGUCGAGUCUGAUGGUUCACUUGUGUCAGAAAAACCCAGGCAAUCGAAAUCACGGCGUCCAUAUCAGCCAUUAAAAUUAAGCUCCAGCAAUAAAACUGUUGCUGAUUCUAUUCUCAAAUUCGAGAGGGAGUUCAAUGCAGAGCUUCAGAGCCUGGGACCAAUAUUGAACAGUAGCUCCAAAGCAGAACCAUAUUUGACUCAUCUUUCGAAGUGCAUCUUAGGCAUUGGAAACGAACACUGAAUUCUGGCUUCUUUUCUGUUACUUAGGUUUCAAGAGGUCACGGUUUGUGAAAAUGUUUUCCUGCUGUUGUGCUAGGCUUGUGGUUCGUAGCAUGCCAAGAAUGUCUAAAGUUUAGGUACUUGUUAGAGAAUUUUGAGUUGGUGCUGUGUACUGGGGAAAUUCUGUUUUUUUGGUUUUUUGUUCUGCUGAUUUUUGUUUUGCGGGUGGCCGGUGGGUGUUUAGAUUCAUUGUUAAUUUCUGGCAAAGAUUAACCAUGAUAUACAAUGUAAUCCCCUGAAUUUUAAUUUCAUCAUCUGUAUCAUUAGUUGAAGUGUCAACUUGUUUGGUAAACAAGGGUCAUAGAAACUUGUCGCAA